UACCUGCUAAACAAAAAACAAAAAGAAAUAUAAACAAAAAAAAACACACACACUCUCACACACACAGUGAAAGGAACGGUAAAACAGAGAAGAGAAUGUUAAGGUGGAAAUCUAAGAUUCUUACUUACAAGAGCAACAACAUACUUUUAUUAUUAUCUUCUUCUGUCAGAUCAAUUUCAUCAUCAUCAGCAGCAGCUUCAAAUAAUUACCUGCUUACGUCACAGUUUCAUGUUCAUCAAUCAUCAAAGGCUUUAAAAAGGUUAGGGUUUUUAGGGUUUCGUCAGAAAUGGGAAGGAAGUUCAGACAAAUAUGAUCAUAUAAAAGCCCAGGUUAAUUGCCCUAGAUGUAAUCAUCUCAUGACCUUACUUUUUACAAACCGCCCCUUAUCGAUAACCUCCGAUAUCGGUAUUUAUCAUGCUCUUAAUAUGUGUCCUAAUUGUAGAACUGCUUACUAUUUUAGGCCUUUUAAGUUAGACCCUAUCCUUCAAGGUAGUUUUAUCGAAAUUGGUCGGGUUAAAGUUGAUGAUAAUAAUAAUAGUACUAAUUAUAAUAAUGCUAAUGCUGUCAAAGGGGGGGUUAAAAUGUGGGAAAAGUUACGGUCUUAUGGCGGUUCUGUGGGGGAUACUGUUGUAGAUGAUGAUGAUGAUCAAGAUAUUAAGAAGAGUAGUAGUUGGUCGGGUGGUUCGAAUUUAGGAAUUUGUUUGCCCACUCCUAAAGAGAUAUGUAGAGGUCUUGAUCAGUUUGUUAUUGGCCAAGACCAUGCUAAAAAGGUGCUUUCGGUUGCUGUUUACAACCACUACAAGCGAAUCUAUCAUUCCUCUAUGCAUAGAAACUCGGAUACCAGUUCAGGUUGUCUUGGAAGUGAAAAUGACGAUGUUGAUCACGUAGAACUAGACAAGAGCAAUGUUUUGUUAAUGGGUCCAACGGGCUCAGGGAAGACGUUACUUGCAAAGACCUUAGCUCGAGUUGUGAAUGUGCCUUUUGUCAUUGCUGAUGCUACUACAUUGACACAGGCAGGUUAUGUUGGAGAAGAUGUGGAGUCGAUUUUGUAUAAGCUUCUUGUGGCUGCUGACUUCAACGUUGAAGCCGCUCAACAAGGGAUUGUGUACAUAGAUGAAGUUGAUAAGAUAACUAAAAGGGCUGAAAGUCUAAACACGGGCAGAGAUGUAUCUGGAGAGGGUGUUCAACAAGCCUUGCUUAAAAUGCUUGAAGGAACUGUUGUGAGCGUUCCUGAUAAUCGAUCUCGGAAGCAACCUCAAGGUGAUGCUAUUCUGGUGAAUACAAAGGAUAUCCUGUUUAUAUGUGGCGGUGCCUUUGUUGAUCUGGAGAAAACCAUUUCUGAGAGACGUCAAGAUUCGUCUAUUGGGUUUUGUGCACCAGUGAGGGCUAAUAUGAGAGGUGGUGGAUUAACUAACUCCGUGGUUACAUCUUCACUGUUAGAAUCUGUAGAAAGUGCAGAUCUUGUUGCGUAUGGCUUGAUACCCGAGUUUAUUGGCAGAUUUCCUGUUCUAGUGAGUUCAUCUGCUCUAGAUGAGGGCCAACUCCUUCAGGUUCUAACUGAGCCCAAAAAUGCUCUUGGAAAGCAGUACAGAAGGAUGUUUGCGAUGAAUAAUGUGAGGCUACAUUUCACUGAUACCGCACUAAGAUUGAUUGCAAAGAAAGCCAUUGCCAAGAACACUGGUGCACGGGGUCUAAGAGCGAUAUUAGAAAAUGUUCUUGUGGAUUCGAUGUUUGAGGUUCCAAACCCUCCACAAAAAGGAGCUGAUUCAGUUGAUGCAGUGGUGGUUGAUGAAGAGGCCAUAGGAUCAGUAGACAAGCCGGGAACUGGUGCAAAGAUUCUUUAUGGAAAUGAUGCACUAGAAAGAUACCUCAAUAAUCUAAAUUCAACAAAUCCAGUGGAAGAAGCAAGUGAACUCAACAAGCAUGCCUCGGAUGGAGAAUCGGAGAUUACAUCAAGAGCUAUGAGUUUGUAAACACAUCAUCUGCCUGAUCUAUGUAUUUGUAUUCCGCUCUGUACUUGUUGAAAUCAAUGAUUUAAAUAAUCAACGCUCUAAAAAAUGUUUUACCCCUUUUUGAUAAAA